AUGAGUGAAUCAAAUGAUGAUUUCUAUUUACGAUAUUAUGUAGGUCAUAAAGGUAAAUUUGGACAUGAAUUUCUUGAAUUUGAAUUUCGUCCUGAUGGAAAAUUACGUUAUGCAAAUAAUUCAAAUUAUAAAAAAGAUACAUUAAUUAGAAAAGAAGUUUAUGUUAAUCGAGCUGUUAUUGAAGAACUUAAAAGAAUUGUUAAUGAAUCUGAUAUUAUGAAAGAAGAUGAUGCUGUUUGGCCACCACAAGAUCGUACUGGUCGUCAAGAACUUGAAAUCGUACUUGGUGAUGAACAUAUUUCAUUUACAACAGCAAAAAUUGGUUCAUUAAUUGAUAUAAAUAAUAGUCGUGAUCCCGAUGGUUUACGUUGUUUUUAUUAUUUGGUUCAAGAUUUAAAAUGUUUUGUUUUUUCACUUAUUGGUUUACACUUUAAGAUUCAACCAAUUUAA